AUGCCUAUCGUCAUGCCAGUUGUGUCUGCGCCUACAGAUUACGUGACCGCGCGCCCGGUCGAGUUAAUGGUAACCGCGUCCGGGGUGGGUUGUCCAGACGAGACGCUCGCCGGCAAAGGCCCGUCGCUGGAGUCGCUGUCGGCGGCAGUGUGCGGAUACCAGAGCGCGCCGAACGCGGCCGACCACGAGGCCUUUAUCCGGGACGCGGUACGCCUGAUGCUCGAGCAGGCGGUAUUCCGGGGAACAGACCGCCGGCGCCCUGUUCUCAACUGGAAGAGCCCGGAAGAGCUACAGGCCGCAUUCGACUUCACGUUGGACCGAUCACCCACCACCCACGGACACUUGUUGCACUUGAUUGAGGACACCAUAGAGCACAGCGUCAAGACCGGACAUCCAUAUUUCAUUAAUCAACUGUUCUCUAGCGUCGACCCUUAUGGUCUGAUCGGUCAAUGGCUGACCGACGCGCUUAACCCGAGCGUGUACACGUUUGAAGUGGCGCCUGUUAUGACCAUCAUGGAGGAAACGGUCUUGAGGGAAAUGAGGAAGUUCUUGGGAUACCCCGAUGGCAAUGGUGACGGUAUAUUCUGUCCGGGCGGUUCAAUAGCCAACGGCUACGCGAUUAACUGUGCCAGGUUUUCUGCUUUCCCUGAGGUCAAGACAAAGGGAAUGCACGGAUUACCGAGGUUAGUAGUGUAUACGUCAGUCGAUGCGCAUUAUUCUAUCAAAAAAUUAUGUGCAUUUGAGGGGAUUGGUUCGGAUAAUUUGUAUUUAAUCAACACAGACGCCAAGGGAAAAAUGGAUGUGGGUCAUUUACGACAGCAAAUUCAACGAACAUUAGAAGAAAAGGCAGUUCCUAUUAUGGUGUCUGCUACUGCAGGUACAACAGUCCUGGGGGCGUUUGAUCCGAUAGCGGAAAUCGCUGACAUUUGCCAUGAAUACGGAAUAUGGCUACACGUUGACGCGGCUUGGGGAGGCGGAGCUUUAAUGUCUAAGAAACACAAGCACCUGUUGACCGGAAUCGACAGAGCUGAUUCGGUCACCUGGAACCCUCACAAAAUGCUCACUGCACCACAACAGUGCUCAACAUUUUUGACCAAACACAAAAGCGUAUUGACCGAAAGCAAUUCUUCUUGCGCUCAGUAUCUAUUCCAAAAAGACAAGUUUUAUGACACGACGUAUGACACCGGCGAUAAACACAUUCAGUGUGGCCGCCGGGCGGACGUGUUCAAAUUUUGGUUCAUGUGGAAAGCCAAGGGAACGGACGGACUAGAAGCGCACGUUGACGAAAAUUUCGACAACGCCAAAUACUUUACUGAGAUGAUACGGAACAGACCGGGUUUCAAAUUGGUACUAGAAGAACCAGAGUACACAAACAUAACGUUUUGGUAUAUACCACCGAGCCUGCGUGGACGCCAGAACGAACCGGAUUUCAAAAAUAAAUUACAUAAGGUGGCGCCGAAAAUUAAAGAGAGGAUGAUGAAGGAAGGAACAAUGAUGAUUACGUACCAGCCAGUUGACGAUUUGCCGAAUUUCUUCAGACUUGUACUUCAAAACUCGUCGUUAGACCAAGCUGAUAUGGAUUAUUUCGUGAACGAAAUUGAACGGUUGGGUUCGGAUUUAUAAUUAUUCGUUGUUAGUUCCUGAUAUAGAUUUUUAAUAUAUUAUAUUUUUCACGUGCUAUGUAUUGUUCACAUACAAGCGCGAUAGGUAUACCUACUAAAUUAUAUUGUUGUAUUAUUAUUAAAUAUGUAAGCUCCAGCACAGAGACAAAAAGAGUUUACUAUUAUUAGUGUUAUAAUCAAUGUAAUAUGUUACCAAUUAUAAUUUAUAAUUUAUAUGCAUUGUGUAUUGAUAUACUUGAUAGUAAUAUAUUUAUUUAACUCUGUA